UGCGGUCGUCGGUGCACAUACACAGAGAAAAAGCGCGACCGACCGAGAGUUGCUGUAAACAUGCUGUAAAGUACCGUUUUGAGAGUUUGCAGACUUUGUGGAGCACGGUUUUAACACACUUGCUCGAGUGGCCACUCAACUGGAAUGGUCUGCAUUCAAAAUGACUCAGUCAAUUGUUAUUCAAGUUGGCCAAUGUGGAAAUCAGAUUGGAUGUCGGUUCUGGGAUCUAGCGCUGAGAGAACAUGCAGCACACAACAAGAAUGGCGUUUAUGACGACUCAUUGAGUAGCUUCUUCCUUAAUGUAGAUUCAAGGCACGAACAUCCAGUCAGCAUUGGGGUUGGUGAUGGAAAAAGCAAAGUUCGAACCCUCAAAGCCAGAGCGGUACUGAUUGAUAUGGAGGAAGGAGUGGUCAAUGAGUUACUCAAGGGCUCAGUCGGUGAGUUGUUUGAUCAUAGACAACUGAUAACUGAUGUCUCUGGAUGCGGCAAUAACUGGGCGGUUGGCAAUAAGGUGUAUGGUGUUCGGUACAGAGAACACAUCUCAGAGUGCGUGAGACGUGCUGCCGAACAGUGUGACUGCUUACAGUGUUUCUUCAUCACACACUCUAUGGGUGGAGGUACAGGGUCAGGUGUGGGAACAUCUAUACUCCAACUACUUCAAGAUGAUUACCCAGAUGUAUACAGAUUUGUCACACCAGUGUACCCUUCCAAUGAUGAUGAUGUGAUUACGUCACCCUACAACAGUGUCUUAGCCAUGCAUCAGCUGACGGAAUAUGCAGACUGUGUCCUCCCAGUGGAAAACCAGGCUUUAUCAGAAAUCUGUGAGAAGAUCAACCAGGCUCUCCCGUCUGACAAUUUUGGCAAGAGGGUUUACGGGGCUAGGGGGCAGGCUAAGGCUGGUACUGCCAUCUCUUCGUCUGACGCUGGGUCUGGUAAAAAAGGAUCGGAGAAACCAUUUGAUCAGAUGAAUAAUAUCGUAGCUAAUCUACUGCUGAAUCUCACAUCGUCGUCGCGGUUUGAGGGAAGCCUGAAUGUAGAUCUGAAUGAGAUCAGUACUAACCUAGUACCGUUUCCUAAGAUACACUACCUAGUGGCCAGUCAGACACCGUUGUAUUCUCUACUGGAUCUCAAACUUCCUCCAAGAAGGUUAGACCAGAUGUUUACGGAUGCUUUCUCACGGGACUACCAGCUUUUAAAGGCAGACCCUAAGAACUCGAUGUACUUGGCGUGUGCGUUGAUGUGUCGCGGCAAUGUUGAGAUCUCGGACAUCAGGAGAAAUAUCGACAGGUUACGACCCUCGCUGAAGUUCAUCCAUUGGAACACGGACGGCUGGAAGACUGGUUUGUGUUCAGUUCCUCCCGUUGGGCAGCCUUACUCUCUCUUAGCUUUGGGCAAUAACACAUGUGUGCGACAUACAUUCAGCGAUCUGAGAGAUCGGUUUAGUCGACUUUACAAAAGAAAGGCACAUCUGCAUCACUACACCAAUGUAGACGGGAUGGAAAUGUCACUCUUCUCAGAAAGCUUGGAAUCUCUGUCGUCCCUCAUAAAUGAAUAUGAACAACUUGAGAAAACUGUGCCAGAAAGUAUUCCAAGAUUGCAGAUCGCAAGAUGAGACAAUUAUUAGGAUGGUAGACAGUGUGGUAACUGGGAGGGGAGGACCGUACCUCCUUUGGAAACCUAAUUCUGUUAUCCCUCUUAAAUAAACACCAACAACUUGAGAAAACCAUGCCAGAGAUUAUUCCAAGAUUACAGAUCGCACGAUGAGGCGAUUAUGCUCGACCAUUUGGAACCAGCCUCAUGAGCAUGGUUACUUCUGUUGUCCUGACAGCCUGUUCCGUGUGGAAAGCACAGAGGGGAACCAGUGACAUUAUAGUGAAAAUGCGGAGGGCAAUGGAAAUGUCCGAUAGCUUAGUCACUGCGCAUGUUCGUUGUUGCUGGUCAGUAGUUUACUAAAUGGGCGCACUCGAACUUGCUCAUGGUAUUUGGAGGGGAAUACACUCUUCAAGCUCCAGGCAGUUCCAUAGGUGCUGCUGGGGAUUGUGCAUAAAAGUUUUGCACAUGCCCCACGCCUUUGGAACUGUCUCUCUCAUCAAAUUCGUCCGAGUUACUUAAAGUUUCAAGAAACAUCUCAAGACUCUCAUGUUCAAUGGUUGCUUGCUAUUGACCAACUGUCUUGCUAUUAUAAGUGCCUUUAUUUAUUCGCUUUUAAUAUUGUACUGUUUCUUGUAGAGCGUUGUGAUACCCUGAGUAAGAGCCCUCUAUGAAAUGUCUAUUAUUACUCCCUUCAGAAACCCUUUUGCCCCGUUCCUCCCCCUCACCCACCCCCAAAUGAAAUUGUUUGGCUCUGCCACUGAUGGUUCAGGUUGGUGCAUGUUCCAUCAUUGUCUCUCUCUUGUCAACAAAGUUUGACUGUUUUAAUACCCAAGUACAGUCUGCGGAUUGAUACUUGUUUACUAUUUUCUUCUGGUCCUUUCUUUUAUAAGGUUUCUCUUUUCAGUUCACUUGUUACAAACAUGUUGGGUCAGAGCAGAGAAAUUAUUGUGGUCUUUGACUUUAUUACCGAUGUUAGCCAUGUGCGCGCUGUAAUAACCUACUAGAGUGUUAACCAGCCUGCUGUUUUCUGUAAAACAGAAUCAGAAGUUGGUUCGUUGGAAAAUGUGUUUGGUUGAGUAUCUCUCAGAAAGAUUUUUUUCAGCUGUUGGAAAUUUCUGAUCUUACUGACUUGGAUAGGAAGUUUUGAAGUACAGUACUACAAAUGUGCCUAAGUCUCUUUUAAAGGCACUGGAUACUUGGUAAUUUCUGUGAAUAAUUGUAAGCAUCAAAUCUUACUUGGUAUUGAGCGGUGGAGAGCUGUUGAUAGUACAUGUAUACAACAAUGUGAG